CCUUGAAUAUUGUCUCUGAAAUGCUGCUCCAAUCCCUCACCCGGAAACGAAUACAUACCCGAGACAACCCUCUCCACUCUCUGCUCAGCCAGCGCCGAAGACCCGCCCUUCUUCGAUCCCGACAUAUGGAGGUAACACCGUCCAAACGGAAGCGACCCACUUGCUCUUCCUGCUCCAAGCCCGCCCGUCUCUGCCUCUGCACUCGAAUCCAGACUCCACCCCUUGAAAACUCGGUUGGUGUUACCAUUCUUCAACACAGCUUGGAGACGAAGCACGCGCUCAACUCGACUCGAAUAGCAAAACUGGGGCUCAAGAAUCUCACCCUCGCAACCGUUUUCGAUGUCGAUACGGAGGCCCGGUUAGUUAUUCGGUUGCUAGAAUCGGGUUCUGGCCAUUAUCCAGAGACCCACAAACUAGUUGAUGGGGUCAGUAAGAGAGAAAAAGUGGGUGGUUUUGUGUUAAAACAAUUUCCAAAAAUAAGCCAAAAGAUUGACCAGAUUUUGGCAUCUGAGGCUGCCAUUGAUGAUUUCUCAAAAGGGUUUGUUGUGAAGAAGCUGAACCAUGAGCAGGAAGAAGAAUUUGAAAUUGAGGUUACUGCAGGAUCAGUGCUUUUAUAUCCAAGUGAGAAAGCAAUGGGUGUUGAUGACCUUAAAGCAAUGAACUAUGAUGUUCAGAAUCUGAUUGUGUUGGAUGGGACAUGGGCAAAGGCAAAGAGGAUGUAUGUUGAGAAUCCAUGGCUGGAGUUGCUGCCACAUUUGAAGUUGGAGGUGGAGAAGAUGAGCUUGUAUGGUGAAGUCAGGAAACAACCAAAAGCAGGUUGCUUUUCUACCAUAGAGAGCAUUGUGUAUGCAUUGAAGGCUUUAGGGGAGAACUCUAAAGAGUUGGAUAAUCUAUUGAAUGUAUUUCAGUCCAUGGUUGGAGAUCAGAGAAGGUGCAAAGAAGAGAGAUUGAGCAAUGUGUCAGUUUCUCCAAUGUGACCUUUUCUUAUCAGAUUUUUGGCCUCCAUUGAUGAAUUAGCAAAUGGGUUUGUUAUGUUUGUUGGGACCUGGACAAAGGCAAAAAGAAUGUACACUGAGACUUCGUGGCUACAAGUGUGACAACAUAUAAGGUGAAUAAACAAACCUAGAAAGGGAUGUUUUUCUGCUGUUAGAGUGUUGUUCAUUCAUUAAAGACGGUAAGGCUGUAAGGGAUCACAAGAGCCUUUUAGCAAUUUGACUGUGUCAUCUGAGCUAAUUUCAUCCUAUAUUUAUUGUAGACUUGUAGUAGAUUUUACCUGAUCACGAUUGUAUUCUUAUCUGGUAUAGCUUAACUUGUAUUGAUGCUUGGCAUGACAUUGCUAGGUGUCUGAACUUUGAAGGCUAAGGUCGUUGCCUGAGAUGGUAAUUUAAUUGCGUUAACUCUUAAUGCAAAUGAGGAUGGUGAAUUCAGUCCCA